UCAAGCGAUUCUCCUGCCUCAGCCUCCCGAGUAGCUGGGACCACAGUCAACCACCAACACUCCGGGCUAAUUUUUUGUAUUUUUAGUAGAGACGGGGUUUCACCGUGAUAGCCAGGAUGGCCUCGCUCUCCUGACCUCGUGAUUCGCCAUCCCCGGCUUCCCGAAGUGCUGGGAUUGCAGGCGUGAGCCACCGCGCCUGGCCACGUGAAUAAAGUUUUAAACGAAAAGCAAACAGGAAACUAGCGUCGGCGGCGAAUCUGCAGCUACCAAUGUAAAGGUCGGGUCGCGGCCGGCGCGGAGAAUCUGCCGUCGCCUGCAGCCGCUCGCUCGUCUCGGUGGGAAGGUAGCUCCAGCUUUGCUGAGCCUUGUAUUUUAUGAAAAGCAUCAGAGGAAAUGAUGAAGAGCUCCAUCUCGAGUCCAUACUGCCCCGGUUCUAACUCCUCCACUGGUCUACUUCUUAGCUUUAGGAUUUGAGACAAAAGACUGCCGUUUUGUGUCUGACCUUUCUCAUCUGAAAUGGAUCUCACUCUGUUGCUCAGGCUGGAGUACAGUGGCAUGAUCAGGGCUCACUGCAGCUUCAACUUCCAAGGCUCAAGCCAUCCUCCUGUCUCAGCCCCCCAAGUAGCUGGGACUACAGAAUUAUCCGGGGGCAGAAUAUUCUGGCCGCAGGCACGUGGAGGUUCUAGCUGAGCCAGAACAUGAACGAUUGGGUGCCCAUCGCCAAGGAGUAUGAUCCACUCAAAGCAGGUAGCAUCGAUGGCACCGAUGAAGACCCACAUGACCGCGCAGUCUGGAGGGCAAUGCUGGCACGAUAUGUCCCCAACAAAGGUGUCAUCGGAGAUCCCCUCCUCACCCUGUUUGUGACCAGACUAAACUUGCAGACCAAGGAGGACAAAUUAAAGGAAGUCUUUUCCCGCUAUGGUGACAUCCGGCGGCUUCGGCUGGUCAGGGACUUGGUCACAGGCUUUUCAAAGGGCUACGCCUUCAUCGAAUUCAAGGAGGAGCGUGCCGUGAUCAAAGCUUACCGAGAUGCUGACGGCCUGGUUAUUGACCAACAUGAGAUAUUUGUGGACUAUGAGCUGGAGAGGACUCUCAAAGGGUGGAUCCCUCGGCGACUUGGAGGCGGUCUGGGAGGAAAAAAGGAGUCUGGGCAACUGAGAUUUGGGGGACGGGACCGGCCUUUUCGAAAACCUAUUAACUUGCCAGUCGUUAAAAACGACCUCUAUAGAGAGGGAAAACGGGAAAGGCGGGAGCGAUCUCGAUCUCGAGAAAGACACUGGGACUCGAGGACAAGGGAUCGAGACCAUGACAGGGGCCGGGAGAAGAGAUGGCAAGAAAGAGAGCUGCCCAGGGUGUGGCCCGAAAAUGACUGGGAGAGAGAGAGGGAUUUCAGAGACGACCGGGUCAAGGGGAGGGAGAAGAAGGAUCGAGGCAAGUAGAGGCCCAACAGCAGACUCCAAAGUGAGGACACAGUGGACGGGAGUGGAAGGUGGUUGUCUUUGAUGCAGCGCAAGUCUAAUGGUUGAAUAAAACCUACUGACGAUCA